GUCUCGAUUCGUAGGCAUCCGAAAACAAUCACGCCAGUCCGUAAUUAGUGUUUGUUAGUGAUGGUCGGUGACGAUUGACUCAAAAUGGAGCGCCAGCUCUUGAUGAUUCUCUGGACGGCAUUAUCGGUGGCCUUAGGUUUAGAACUACGUGGAGAAUACAUCCGAGGAGUGCCAUGCAUAAAGAAACACGAGCAGUUGUUCUGUCCGACGGCCGGAAGUUCCUAUCCAUUGGGACGAAUCGAGCUAUUUAUAGACGAAAAUAAAGCGCUAAUGCGACGCAUGUACGGCGAUUUCACGCUAAGUCCAGAAUUCGAAGGUCCCGGCCCCGGUGGAGGUAGAAAGGCGAAAAGGUCUGCUAAACCCGGCGUGCCCGAUUUGCAUUCGACCCCCGGAGUCGAUCCCGCUAAGGACGGGGACAGUGUCCACUUCCAAAAUCUAGCGCGAGCUACUAGGCAAAAUUUUAGAAAUAACCAAAGUUCAGAGAAUGGAAGAAUGGAUGCCUGUGAGAGCAAGGUCGAGAUCGUGACCCCGUACUGGGCAUCGAAUUCUGCCGGAAAAAUUCGUGCAAUCGUCAACACCCAGCACUUUGAACAGGCCAUCCAUCAAGAGGUUUGUUCAAAAGUGAGAACGAAGAGGUGCACGAACGACUGUGGAUGCGAGCAAAAGUAUAAAUGGCACCGACUAUUAGCGUACGAUCCAGAUAACGACUGCAAGGGCAUCUUUAUGGAUUGGUUCCUAUUUCCAUCGUGUUGCGUUUGCCGAUGUAGUCCACUGUAACAGAAAUGUGGUGCUGUAUGUGAUCUUAUCAUCAAUAAGUUACCAAAACUGGAACUGUGCCAAAACUUAUUCUCAUUUCCAUAUACCUACUCAUUGUUAAUCAUUAAGUUUUCUUUCGUAUCUUCUAGAGCUGACGCCGCCCUUUAAUUGUGCUAUGUUACCCUCAGAUUAGAGUUGAUUAUGACUGACGAGGAAAAUUAUGUAAAGUAUUCUUAUUAAAAUAUGUUUUUUUUUUUUAUUUAGGAAUGUGUGUAUAUUAUAGGUUCAUGUAAUUUAUCUGCCAUUACUUGUACGUAAUUUGGUAGUUUUGCAAUAAAAUCAAUUUAAUAUA